GAAAGGGAGCCCAAAAAGAAAACACAGAAGAACAACUAACUGAGCAAAACAUAGAAAUCUUGUUGUUUAAAGCAGCAGAAGAACCGAAACAUGAAACAGCUCCACAAGCAAUCAAGCGUGAAUCACAGACGAGAUGAAGAGAUCCCAACAACAACAUCUCACACAGAUCCUUAUUCUCCUAAAGCCCUAAAACACCCCAGGUCUUUACCUAGAUCUAUCAAUUACCUCUUCAAAGAACAGCGUCUCCUCUUCAUUCUUGUAGGCAUUCUGAUCGCCUCCACCUUCUUCAUCCUCCAGCCCACCUUAUUGAGGCUUGGCCCUUCUGACACCACACAUGCUGCCAUCCUCAGAGAGUUUCCUGCUAGCGUUACCAAUCACGAGCAAGUUACGUUCCCGUUUCGGAAUUCGUUGAAUAAUGGGCUUGGUAAGGUUGGGAGAGUUCCAGCGGGGAUCCAGAGACGGCGCUUGCGGGUUGUCGUCACAGGUGGUGCUGGGUUCGUUGGUAGUCAUCUUGUCGACAAGCUGUUAGAUAGAGGGGAUAAUGUGAUUGUGAUUGACAAUUUCUUUACCGGAAGGAAGGAGAAUGUGAUGCACAAUUUCGGGAAUCCAAGGUUUGAGCUCAUUCGACAUGAUGUGGUUGAGCCGAUACUUUUGGAGGUAGAUCAGAUUUAUCACUUGGCUUGCCCGGCUUCACCUGUUCACUACAAAUUCAAUCCUAUCAAGACAAUUAAGACCAAUGUGAUGGGAACCCUGAACAUGUUGGGCUUGGCGAAAAGAAUUGGAGCACGGUUUUUGCUCACCAGCACAAGCGAAGUUUAUGGGGACCCACUAGAGCACCCACAAAAGGAAACGUAUUGGGGGAAUGUGAACCCAAUAGGUGUCCGGAGUUGUUAUGAUGAAGGAAAACGGACAGCUGAAACUUUAGCAAUGGAUUACCAUCGAGGUGCAGCAGUUGAGGUACGUAUUGCGCGCAUUUUCAAUACUUAUGGACCUCGUAUGUGCAUAGAUGAUGGACGUGUUGUCAGCAAUUUUGUUGCCCAGGUCCUUCGUAAACAACCAAUGACAGUAUAUGGUGAUGGAAAACAAACACGAAGCUUCCAAUAUGUUUCUGACUUGGUUGAUGGACUGAUGGCACUUAUGGAAGGAGAUCAUGUAGGACCAUUCAAUUUGGGUAACCCGGGUGAAUUCACCAUGUUAGAGCUUGCUGAGGUUGUCAAAGAGACGAUUGACUCUAGUGCAACCAUUGAAUUCAAACCAAACACUGCAGAUGAUCCACAUAAAAGGAAACCAGAUAUCUCCAAAGCUAAGGAGCUGCUGAAUUGGGAGCCAAAGAUCCCACUGAGCCAAGGCUUGCGUUUAAUGGUUGCUGAUUUCCAGAAACGUAUCCAAGAGGAAGGGGAAGGUCUCAAAUAAGAUAGGCAGCUACUUUGUAUAGUAUGGAAAAACAUGGCCUGAUCCCAUGAUGAGAGGAUUUUUCUAUUUUUUAAUUUUUUGAACGAGUUAGCUGUUCCUAUGAUGAGGAUUUUUUGUUUUAUUAUUCUCAAUAUCUUGGUUCCUUGUCAUAGAUUUCAUCCUCUGCCUCUAUCAACUGGUUGGAAAAUUCAGCUUUUGUCAUUUCUCCACAUUUGGCUUCUGAUGAGGACUUGUUAAGCUUUUUUGGUUUCUCAGACAACAAGGUUGUUGUAUUCCAGGCUUUCCAGCCUUGUAUCAGGUCUGUUAUUAUUGGAGCAGAAAUCUCAUAUAAAAGUUGAAAUAUGAUAAGCUGUAGGAA